GAAACGCUUCCGGGUUUGAUACUGCGCAUGCGCAAAGAGACACGAGCUUUUAUCCUCUUGCACUGGACUGAAUCUCGUGUAUUUUUAUGUAAAUAUUAUAGAUAUGUGUGCUGUUCUGAGAUAAUAGCAGUCAGCUCUGUAAUUUAAAAUACACACGUGAAUAAUUAGAAAAAUAAUAACUUUAAUACUCGGGCGCGUGCGGAACUCAGUGAUGAAGGACUGCUGUUUUAGUGCAGAAGUCAGGACAUAAACAAGUGCACGCUCGAGCCCUCUUUCCUCCAGCCGGCUGAUGGAGGGCGCGCGCUGGGCGUUCCGGUGCGGCGCGUGGAGCCCGAGCCGGGCGGAGUGGCUGCUGGCCGCGCGCUGUGUUCAACCGGAGGAGAGAGAGAGGAUCGGACAGUUCAUGUUCUCCAGAGACGCCAAAGCAGCCAUGGUUGGGCGUCUGCUGAUCAGGAAGCUGGUGUGUGUGAAGAUGGGUCUGCCAUGGGACGGGUUCCGCUUGGACCGGACGACCCGGGGAAAGCCCUACCUGGCCCACCCCUCGUCUGGCACAAGCUCCGCCCCCUGGAGUUUCAACAUCUCUCAUCAGGGUGACUUUGCCGUGCUGGCGGCCGAACGCGGGAGGCAGGUGGGAGUGGACGUGAUGAAGACCACCAGACCAGGCAGCAGCUCUGUGCAAGAGUUUUUCCGCGUUAUGAAGCGUCAGUUCACUGAUUUCGAAUGGCGCACCAUCACAUCCGCACAGGCCGACUGGGACCAGCUGCACCUCUUCCACAGACACUGGGCUCUGAAGGAGAGCUUCAUUAAAGCAAUUGGCUCAGGGCUCGGCUUCAACCUGCAGAGGGUGGAGUUUCACAUUUCGCCCAAUCAAAUGCAAGAGGGGCGUGUCUUCUGCCAGACCAAAAUGCACCUGGACGAGGAGGAAGAGGAGGACUGGACAUUCGAGGAGUGUUUGUUGGACGUGCACCAUCACGUUGCCGUGGCGCUGGGAAAACCCAAUGGCUCCAUCCCGAGCGAUGCUGGGAAUCCUGAAGAAGCCACAUCCCUUGGGUUCACCGUCCUGAGCUUCAAUGAGCUGAUGGCAGAGGCCACACCUCUUUCAGAUGAAGAUCCCGCCUACUGGGAGAGUUUUAGAAGGAAACAGGAGGCACCGCUCCGGCAGAGUGAAGGAUAGUGGGCGGUUGGGGGUGUAUAAAUUUUUGUUUUCAUACUCUAAUGGCCAUAAUAAAUAAGGAAUGGUGUAUUCCUGCCUCACACACACUGUUCUGGGGAUAGAUUCCGGAUCCACCACAACCCUGACCAGGAUAAAGAGGUUACGGAAGAUGACUGAAUAAAUAAAUUUGUGUGUGUAUGUGUGUGUGUAAUAAACCAAGCUGCUGUGUA